UAGAAGUUCUUCAAAAAUGAAAACUGUUUAUAAUUCAUUUUUUUGGUUAUUAGUUAUUGGCGUUUGUUUGGUAACUUUAACUUCAGUCAGAGCAGCUGACGAAGAAGCAAAACCAACUCAGGAAAAAUUAGCUAAAGACGCAAAUAAAAGCUCUGAUGCGGGUGCUACGAGCAAAUCUGACCAAAAGGAUAAAACUACUGACGAAAAAGAAAAACCAGCUGAGGAAAAAUUAGCUAAAGACGCAAAUGAAAGCGCUGCGGCAGGUGCUACGAGCAAAUCGGACCAAAAGGAUAAAACUACUGACGAAAAAGAAAAACCAGCUCAGGAAAAAUUAGCUGAACAUGCAAAUGAAAGCUCUGCUGCGGGUGUUACGAGCAAAUCUGACCAGAAGGAUAAAACUACUGACGAAGAAGAAAAACCAGCUCAGCAUAAGUUAACUAAAGAGGCGAAUGUAAACUCUGCGGGUGCUACGAGCAAAUCUGACCAAAAGGAUAAAACUACCGAUAUUACUGAGUUAUCAACAGGAGAUGCUUCGACAGAAACAGAUGAAAACUCAAAAUCUGCGAUUCUUGAGGAUCUCAAAAAUAUUUUCUUCGCAAUUGUUUCACUAUCGAAAAAUUUAUUAAACUGGAAGGCUCUACUAACUUUGGUGUUGUUGAAGAAUUUAACUGGCUUCAAUGCACUUAGUGGGAGUAGGAUUGCCAAAGGAGCUAGCAGGCAUAGCAGUAAAACUGCCAGAAAACCGAGAGCAAAACAUGUAAAUCAUAAAUUGUGGUCCAUGUUGUUGUAGAAUGGUUUAAUAAAACUUGACG